UUGACCACACGACAGCUCACAGCAGUGACGUCUCUGUCUCCACACAGGGCGGGAUAUCCGCAGUAGUAAGCUAGUUAAUAACAUGGCGAAGACUUACGAUUACUUGUUUAAACUACUUUUAAUCGGCGAUUCAGGCGUCGGAAAGACCUGUGUGCUAUUCAGAUUUUCAGAAGAUGCCUUCAACUCAACGUUUAUCUCUACUAUAGGUAUUGACUUCAAGAUCAGAACAAUAGAAUUAGAUGGGAAGAAGAUCAAGCUACAGAUAUGGGAUACAGCAGGACAGGAGAGGUUCAGGACCAUCACAACAGCCUACUAUAGAGGAGCCAUGGGAAUCAUGUUAGUGUAUGACAUUACCAACGAGAAGUCCUUUGACAACAUCAAGAACUGGAUACGGAAUAUAGAAGAGCAUGCCUCAGCAGAUGUGGAGAGGAUGGUCCUGGGGAACAAAUGUGAUGUCAAUGACAAGCGACAGGUGUCCAAAGAAAGAGGAGAGAAGCUAGCGCUGGAGUACGGUAUCAAGUUUAUGGAGACCAGUGCAAAGGCGAAUAUCAAUGUCGAGAAUGCCUUCUUAACCCUCGCCAGAGACAUCAAAGCAAAAAUGGACAAGAAGCUGGAGGGUAACAACCCGCAGGGCAGCAGUCAGGGAGUAAAGAUUACAGAACAGCCCAAGAAGAGCAGUUUCUUCCGCUGCACGCUCCUGUGAGGAGACGGGAGUGUCGGCAUCCACCAUCGCCUUAACUGUGUCCCCCCACUGGACAGAACUGGACAGAGCACACUCUGAUCCCUCUCUUUUAUCCUCCUCUACUUGUCUUCCUCCUUGUCUUUCUGGUUUGUCCUGUGCUUAUCUACUAGGAACAACAAAAGUUUAUCGCUACCUUGGUUUACCAGUCUACUGUUGCCUCUGUUACAUCCUAAAUCUCAUACCUUUUUUUUUUUUUUAACAAUUGGUCCCUAGAUCUAUGGUUUCAACUUUGUUCCUUACAUUUUUAUUGACUUUUAAAGACUGCCUCUUUGUGAAACACUAAGAGUGGUCAAACUGCUGUUUGUAAGUAAUUGUUUCUUGCCUUAGGGUUAUUGUCUUACAAUAAUGUCUGAUA